AUGUUGGCAUCUCUCGUAACUGGGUUGGCCUUGGGCUUACUAUCGUCCGCCUCGCCGGUGGCCCGGUCAAAUCCGAAGCCACCAUUUCUAAUCAAUGUGGACGAUGAAACGGCUAUCAUUGGAAAUGACUUCUGGAAUGCCACCAUUGGUCGUCAGUAUGGCACCAAGCUCUACUAUAAGAAUGUUGACCUUGUGGGUGACGCUUGGGGUCACUAUGUGUCCUACAGUAUGGCCCCCCUUCCUUUUCUCCUUCGUCCGCGUUCAUUGUACCUCUUAAUCACCGGCGACUACACCGAUAUCGUCUUUACCGCGACAGAGGGGGAAUUCCAUUGGGUCCUGACACCCACGUUGACGGGCGCAUAUCAGUACUUUGUGAACAAAGCCUUACCUACUCUCGGUGAAUUUCGUACGCUCUGGCGGCUUGCAAACGAUAGCUUUACCCACGGGUGGACAGACGAGAGGAACGAGGCGCUGCCACCCCUCUCGGACAUUGUGAAUGCCGUCAAGAUCCAGGAUGAGACUUGGCAGCAAGCUGACGGCACCUACAUUACAAAAUAUGAUUUUGCAACCUUCUUGCCGGCGAGUGGCGAGCAAGUGGGCUCGUGGUAUAUUCAUGGGGGCAAAGACUAUCUCAACGGCAACCAUCUGAAGCAGGAGUUGUUGGUGCACCGGGAAAGUCAGACUGGGGAUGCGGUGCAGCUAAACAUGAUUCAUGGGACACACUAUCAGGCCGUCAGCAGCGACGUGUUCCCAGAAGGUAAGACCUGGGGUCCGUGGUUGUGGUACUUGAAUGAUGGCUCCAUCGAAGAUGCGGCAACUCGCGCCAAGCAGGAGACUGCGGCUUGGCCGUACGACUGGAUGCAGGAUAGCCAUGGAUACCAUUCCCGCGGCAGUCUCCGAGGACGCAUCGUGCUCUCCGACGGCCAGGCUGCGAGCGGGGCGGCAGUCUUCUUGGGUGAUAACCAAUCCAAUACUAGCACGUUGGACCAAGGAGCUUGGUACUACUACCGGACCUAUGCCGAUGAGAACGGGUAUUUCACCUUGGAGAAUGUCCGUGAGGGCACAUGGGGCCUUCGUGUCUUCGCUGCUGGAGGCGACGCGGCAAGCGGUGUGACCACUGUCCUCGAGAAGAACGACAUUUCUGUCCACAGCGGCGAAGCCCUGUGGCUAGGGGACGUGACUUGGGCUCCGCAAGGCCGCGAAGUCAUCUGGCAGGUUGGGGAGGUCGACCGCAAGGCCACCGGCUUUGCCUACAGCGGGGCUCCCCACGAAUUCGCGAGGGGACUCAACUGCCCAGCCAACCUGACCUUCACCGUGGGGAAGAGCCAGAGUAAGGACUGGUGCUUCGAACAGUCAUCGCUGGGUACGUGGACGGUGGAGUUCGAUCUUCCCCGCAACUCGACGUCCCAGGGACGGUCAGCGGUCCUGUCAGUUGCGCUGGCCGGGUUUAGCGCAGGGAGUUCAGCUACGGUCUCGGUGAAUGGGAUUUCCGUUGGAACGAUCAGCUCAAGUGUUCUUGCUAGUGACCCUAGCAGUUAUCGGUGUGGCACGUUGGCGGGGGAGUGGCAUCUGCUGGAGUUCCCGGUCACGGCAGCUGCGCUUCGCAAUGGGACCAACUCCGUGGAGUUCACGAUCACCAAGUCGACGCUGUUUCGCGGAUGGAUUUAUGAUAGCGUGCUGUUGGAAUGGGUAUGA